CGGGGCAAGGAAUAGAUAGGAAGAGAUGCGUGCGCGCGGCCCCAGUGGGUGCUCCAACUUCAAGACCCUGUUCUCGCUAAUUGUCACCAUCGCGCUGUGCACCUACGUGGUUGGACGCAUAUGGCACACAGCCAAACUCGGCCUAGAAUGCCAUCGUCGAAAUGGAGAGGAACCUUCCGGCCCAGAUAGCAGUGAUGAUAGCCAGCAACCUCUUAAGGAGGGUGCAGCUGCUGUCAGAGAUCAACGCUUGGUUCAUGCUUUGGACUCUUCUGCAAUGAACCUGGAAAGAGAGCAGCGAGCAAAAGAUCUGAAAACAGCUCUAGACAACUUGCCAGUCAGUCGUGAUGCAAUUAGGUCUCUACAGAAGAGAAUAACCUCCUUGGAAGCACAGCUCGCCGCAGCGAGGAUUGCACAGGAACCUGCAGGAUUGAACCAAGCUGAGGAAAGCAGUCCUGGAAUGGCUGCUGAAAGGCCGAAAGUCUUUAUGGUGGUGGGAGUCAACACAGCCUUUAGCAGUAGACAGCGUCGUGAUUCUCUGCGGAACACAUGGUUCCCGAAGGGAGAGGAUAGGGAGAGGCUUGAAAGAGAAAAGGGCGUUGUGGUUCGUUUUGUCAUAGGGCACAGCACGGGGGCGGGUACCCUUCUUGACCGAGCUAUUGAGGCAGAGAAUGCAGUACAUAAGGAUUUCAUGAGAUUGGAACAUCUGGAGGGAUACCAUGAGCUUUCUGCUAAGACAAAAAUUUACUUCUCCACUGCUUUUGCAUUGUGGGAUGCUAAUUUCUAUGUCAAAGUGGAUGAUGAUGUUCAUGUGAACCUUGGAAUGCUAGGUGUUACACUUGGCGCCUAUAAGAACAAGCCAAGGGUAUAUAUUGGUUGCAUGAAGUCAGGCCCAGUUCUUUCAGAGAAGGGAAUGAAGUACCAUGAGCCGGAGUUCUGGAAAUUUGGCGAGGAGGGGAACAAGUACUUCAGGCAUGCUGGGGGACAAAUAUAUGCCAUCUCCAAUGAUUUGGCGUCAUACAUUGCUGUGAACCAACCAAUACUGCACAAGUACGCCAACGAGGAUGUCUCACUGGGUUCGUGGCUGCUUGGGUUGGACGUUACACAUGUCGACGAGAGGAGUCUAUGCUGUGGAACACCGCCAGAUUGCGAGUGGAAGGCACAAUCGGGAAACGUUUGUGCGGCUUCAUUUGACUGGCCGUGUAGUGGGAUCUGUAAACCUGUUGAGCGGAUUGCGGACGUCCAUAAGAGGUACGAUUCCGCCAGUGGUGGCACGCAUGAUGAGCCCAAGUUACAGCAGCUCCAGAUGAAAGUAGAAUAAGAUUAGUGCUGUUCACAUUUCUAUUGUACAGACACCUAUACAUACGUGGUAGCUGCUGCCAGCCUCCAGGAAAUAUUCAAGUCGUCGGUGGCAGUCUCCCCAUAUGCGGUAGCUGCGGCCAGCUUCCGGAAAACAUUAAUGUCUGGCAGUCCCAACAGGAGAAGGGCUUGGCACGCGCCGUAACAAGGCUGAGAUCGGAUCGGCAAUAAUGAACAACCUACCCUCUUUUACACUCUCGGAGGGGGGAGCUUCAAGUCCUCUCUCUCUCGUCUCAGGCCCCCAGCUCAUCCCCUGAUCUUGAGCACAAACACAGCUCCACCAACGUUAAUUAGCAUUCAUUGGUUGUUGCAUUCUGAAUUUCUUUCACAUUCUCAAGAAUCACCUGCACUUCUUCAUUGAUUGCCCAUGCUUUUGGGUUUCUGGCUCAGAUGGUCUUGUUUGCAUCAUCUCUCUCUCUCCCGUUCCUGGGCUGGCCUUCCUGUGGGCCUGAACGCAUAUCAAUUAGUCGAUUUCUCCGGUACUUGUCGUCAGAACUUACUCCAGAGCCAGCAGACAGACUGGGUCUUUUGUUUUGAAGUCAACUGCUGCGAAACCUCCUUUUCUUUAGCCAACAACUUUCAAGUUUCUCUUAUGUAGAAUUCAUUUAGAGAAUUUUAGACCACCUCUCUUGCAGGCUUGAACAGCAAGGGACGUGAUAGAGAAGGUCGUGGAGGGUUUUUACCAUGACCCCUGUCUCGUAGGUGCUACCUCACCCAUACUAUCUUGGGUAUUCAUAUCGUCUGAGGAUUGGUCUCCCAAUCCUCUGCUCUGGCAUUCACACACACACACACACACACACACACACAUAGACACACACACACACACACACACACACACACACACACACACACACACACACACACACACACACACANCACACACACACACACACACACACACACACACACACAGAGAGAGAGAGAGAGAGCUGUAGAGGAUGGGGAACGCCCGAUUUGUCUUGCAUUUUUGAAAGUUCUCGUCAAACAUGAGUACUUUCUGUAUGUCAUCUCUUGAGUGAACCGACUUCUUAGGCAGCGACUGUCCUUCUGUUCGGCACUUUUUCAUCUGUUGUCAGUUUUAUGCUGAAUCCUUGGUUUGUUUAGCCCAUUGUUUUUAGCAGUUGUUGCCUUUGCUGUUUUUUACAUGUGCUUAAGAUCGUUUUCAUCGACUUUGUUCAUAAGUUGGCAAUUUGUCAAUAUGCCAUCCUGAUUCUGGGAAUGUCAUUGCUUUCCUCGCCUCUUUUUUUUUUCUGCCUUUGGGUUCACUUUGUGGAGAACGAAUGGUCCCUUCCCAGCUCUUGUGCGUGACAGAAUCGGUGGAUAGGAAAAAAAAUUGUCAAUUAGCUCCUCCAGUACUAGAGGAAUUUGGGCCACAGACUCAUAAUUGGCCGCAGCGGCACUGCAGAGAAGCAGUUGGUCGCAGCACUACUGCAGAGAAGCAGUUGGUCGCAGGAGGACCUGCUGAAUGUGCUGGGCACAUCUCAGAGCUGAGGAGAGAUAGGGUAUUGGUGUGGAGGUGGAUCAGUGGAAGGGAAAGUGAGGUGAGGGCAAUCUUGGCAGUGAAGCGGAAUUAACGAUUGUAAACCACCGCGAUGUGGUAGGGGCCUUCUUUUCCCCCACAGUAGGGACCACACUACCGGUAGGGCUGGAUUUUCCGCUCCUACGUGUACAGCGGCUGGUCUCAUUAGGCACUUCAAUUCAGGUUCAGGUCAGGCUGGCAGCUUUUGCUUGUCAGACACACUGGAGAGCUGUUGAUUCAUCCAUCACUCUGUCGAAAUAUAUAUAGAAAUGUCAUCGAAAUUGAUUUUAUUCUUUACCUCUGCUGAGGUAGAGGGGAGAGCAGAGGAAUGAUGUGUGCCAGCAGAGCAGCACUGUUGGACAUGCACAGAUUAUAUAAAAUUCUUUGUCUGUGUUUCAGAAAGAAAAAACAAAUCUGGAGGACAAUAUGCCCCGAAAGAGGCAUCGGAGAGUGGUGCGUCUGACCAACUGCGAGCGUUGGGUGUGGCUUUCGUCAAUGUCUUUUCAUAGCAUGAGAGUGGCAGGAAGGUCGACCUCUCCUGCCCCCACCCUGUCUCCAACCGUCUCCACGGCUUCUGGAGAGUUUCACAGGUAAACAGGCAAACUGGCAGAGGCUUUGGUUGGCACUGGCUUGCAUCAGGGAGUUAGUGGGAUUGUUUGCUUGCCUGUUUCGUGCCGUGUUUUUGUCUGCUGGACUUGUGACUCCAGGCAGGUACAAGAGGUAGUUGCAAUAGACCUGGAAUUUUGAGAGAAGCCCUGAAACUUGUGGGUAGUGAGUGCAAUUGCUCAGCUGCUGUUUUUAACUGGAUUAUGAACUCUUGAAGUUUUUAACCCAUUUUGGGGGGGGGUUGGCUUUGCUCAAACUCUACUGUACUACUGGUAGAUUUACGGCUGGACAGCGGAAAGCUGUUGAUCGUCGUCUGAAAGGAGGAGGAUGACAACUCCUGCUCUCCUGAAUUGUUUUGAAAGCAGGUUGGUUUGUCUUUGGAAAGGGGUUGGCCAAACAUUUUGAUUGUCCAAAACAUCUGUUCGAUUGUCGAAAACAUUUCUCAGGGGGAGUCAGGGCGGAGCUUGGUUCUACCUUUUUGUUGCUCUCUCUUGCUGAGGUAAGACCUGCAAUUGGACGCUGUGGAAGCGGUUGAUGACAUGAGAAGUGUAAUUGUGAGGUCCCUUGGCCCUGGCUAUCAGCAUUUCUGAGCCAAUACCAAUAAAUGCACUCGCGCUAUUUCAGCACGGAUGUGGUUGGGUUAUUGAAAGUCUUGGGUUUUGUUUUUUUUUCGAACAACUGCGGGGAUGGCGGGGGCUGGGAGAGAUGAGGGGAUUAUGUGAUACAGCUGCCGUCCUAACACAACUCGACAGCAGCAGCGUGAUUCAAAAAAGACGGACCUCAAAUGCUGCUGUUUAUGUAUCGUUUUCUUUUUAUAGGUGUGAUUAGGCUCCCCCGCGGUGGGGAUCGAGGGAUGGAUGAUAAAGACGGGGAGAUAUGGGAGGCGGCAUAUGGCUUGUGGAACGAGCAUUCCUGUUUCUCCUUUUCGGUUUUGCUAUGUAGGAUGAAUGUCGCCUUAAUGUUGCUUUCAUUGGCAUGAAACCAAGACUGUUGGUAGAAAAGGAAAAAGAAAAAGAAAAACAAAUAUCAUGUGACCAG